ACACACACACACACACACACAGUGGAAAGUCUGCUGGUGUGUGCAGGCACUGGACGUCAUCGCACACAGAGUUUGGGAGAAUUGCUUGUCGUGUCCAUGAGGCGACCUUGAUGACAUGGCCAUUGGAAGAGUUAGCAGGGCCCGCGUGUUUAUCUAAGUGAUGAUAGCGAAGUGUCCUUGUGGGAAGGGCUCUUAUAUAGACGGGAGGUUUCAAACGUCCAAAGAAAGAAGCUUAAUCAUCUUCGCAGCUCAGGCAGGGUUUUAAAUCUUUGCGAGCUGUUUACCUUUAAAGUUGUCUCCUUGUUUUGUUUUUGUUUUUUAUAGAACGGUUAGAAACUGAAAAAUGCUGCCUGCAACUUUCAAACUGUGUGCUGGCAUCUCCUAUCGGCACGUGAGGAACACGACAGCUUUGAGAAAGAACACCAUGGUGGCCAUUCAUCGUGAGCUGAACAAACUGGCAGGUCCAGGAGCGAAUAACUGGUUCAGCCAAGUCCGGCGACGAGGCUCCCUCCUCUGCUCUCGGAUCGAGGAGCAGGAGAAGGGGUACAGUGAGGAGGAGAUAUCGUAUGUGAAGCAGGGAGAGGAUGCACUGACGAAGGCCAUCAGCAUCCUCGGCGAGCAGGACGGGUGGACUGUGGAAACCAUAGCUGCCAAUGGAGAUAAAGUUCUGAGUAAGGUGUUGCCCGACGUGGGCAAGGUGUUUAAACUAGAAGUUGUUCUGGAGCAGCACCCUGACAGCCUUUAUGAGGAGCUGGUGGAAAACAUGGAGCAAAUGGGAGAAUGGAACCCAAAAGUCAAAGAGGUCAAAAUCCUUCAAAAGAUCGGCCAGGACAUCAUGAUAACCCACGAGGUGUCGGCAGAGACCCCUGGCAACGUGGUCGGGCCCAGGGACUUUGUGAACGUGCGCUGUGCCAAACGCCGCGGCUCCACGUGCUUCCUGGCCGGGAUGUCCACCACGCACCCACAAAUGCCUGAGCAGAGGGGUGUUAUCAGAGCGGAGAACGGGCCCACCUGUAUUGUGAUGAAACCUUGCGCUGAAGACCCAAACAAGACCAAGUUUACCUGGUUACUGAGUAUGGAUCUAAAGGGCUGGGUCCCAAAGACCAUCUUAAACAGAUUGCUCUCGCAGACACAGGUGGACUUUGCCAACCACCUCAGACAAAGAAUGACUAAUGACGUUCCCAUGGAGAUGGCUCAUGCCUGCUGACACGAGACGCCUCUUGAGCUUUGACACGAUGCACUCGACAGAGGCAGGAGAGAAACCCCCUCUGCUCAUUAGAAACACUCGUCUAAAUCUGUGUUUAGCUGCUGAAAACAAUGAGAAACUCCACAGAAUGAGGUUGGGCUUUCCUCAAAACUAGAUUCAAAUUAAAUGGUUACUUUAACUCCAAUUUUUUAAAAUGUAUUAAAAAUAAGAGUUUGAUUACCACUUGGUAAGAAGAGAGGCAGAGUAAAAGUAAAAGACGACACUUUUGCCUUAGUUGCUGCUAUUUGUGUCACUUAUGCUGUAAUUUGUAAGAAAAAUAACAACUAGAGGCAUUGUACGCCUUCCUUAAUGCACUAAAUCCUCAAGAUGUGUCCCAACUAUAUGCACUUAAUGAUCAAAAUGAUACAAAAACUUCAACAAAAAUCAGUCAGAUCCUGAAAAGGUCCUUUCCAACACAAAGUGCACAAUAUUACAGAUCAAAACAGAGUAAUAGUUUUAACUGUUGAGCGCUGACAGUUUCAUAAAAUAAAUCAGAUUUACAGGCCAAACCAGCGCUCCCUGCUGGUGAUUCUCUGACCCAUCUCCUUACACACAUCUUAUUAUUGUUCCUUCCAUUAAGCUUACAAUUUGCACUUCUAUUUCUCUUUUAUUUAUUUGAUUCUCCAUUAGACAUUACAGCAAAAGCUGAGUUAAAAAGAUUGACUGUAACGCCUGAUAUUUAUGCUUUUAGUUUGUCGAUGAAAAACAGUGAAGCGGCUUGGAAAGAGGUUUUUUUUCUUCUCCUUUUCUUUCCUGAUGGAGGAGAACUUGAAUAAAAUCCUGUUAAAUGUUU